GUUAAGCUGUUAGCCGUUAGCUCUGUACACGAUAAUCAAUACCCGCUCUUUUGCUGCCCACGGCGUCUUCCGGGGUUGUCUAUCUAUGGGCAAAUACCUAGCAGAACAAUCCAUGGAAACGAAUUGAUACAUCAUCUAGCUCACAUCUCACAAUGGCGAAUCCUUCUACGCCUUCGUCCCACCGGCCACGGAAGAAGAGAAAUGUGUUCACUACAUCACCCACCUCGAACAAUGACCUCGUCCAGGACCCGAGCAGCAGCCAUCCAUCCCCCGCCUUUCCGCUGGUUUCCUUUCUAUGGGGUGCUCGUGCAGGAGUUUCACAAUGGCUCAUUCUGCCUUUGAUCCUCAUGACUGUGGGUUUGUUCCGGUGGGCAGUGAGCUUGUGGGGAUAUUCUGGAUUCCAAGCACCUCCGAUGUACGGUGAUUUCGAGGCGCAGCGGCACUGGAUGGAAUUGACGAUUCAUCUUCCGACAUCGAUGUGGUACCUAUAUGACCUCCAGUACUGGGGCUUGGAUUAUCCUCCAUUGACUGCGUAUCACAGCUGGCUACUGGGUAAAGUUGGCUCCCUCUUCGAUCCAGCAUGGUUUGCACUCGACAAGUCCCGCGGCUUCGAGGACCCAUCGUUGAAGGUCUAUAUGCGUGCUACGGUGGUUGUCUCCGAAUAUCUCGUCUACAUCCCGGCCGUUGUCAUCUUCCUUCGUCGCUACAGCCGCAUGCAGGGAGUGCACGCAUGGUCAGCGUCGACUGCGCUCGUGGCCGUUUUGAUGCAACCGUCUACCAUUCUGAUUGACCACGGUCAUUUCCAAUAUAACACCGUCAUGUUGGGACUGGUGGUUGCCAGUCUGUCAAGUAUCCUUGCCGGACGCUCUCUGUGGGCAUGCAUUUUCUUUGUAGGCGCACUUACUUUUAAACAGAUGGCACUCUACUAUGCGCCAAUCAUGUUUUGCUUUUUGUUGGGAUCCUGCAUAUUCCCCCGGAUCAGGAUCGUGCGGCUCAUCUCUAUUGCGGUGGUCACUCUGGCUACUUUUCUCAUCAUAUUCGCGCCGCUAAUCGCUGGUGCCCUUUAUGAUAAGCAUCGUGGAAUCCCAAUUGCCGCACCUGUGCCCUCGUUUUUGCAGUCACUGGACGAGGAUUCGUGGAUCUAUCCUCCGCUUUUCCAGCUUGCUCAAGCAGUUCAUCGCAUCUUUCCCUUCGCUCGAGGUCUCUUUGAAGACAAAGUCGCCAACGCCUGGUGUGCAGUCCACACCUUUUACAAACUCAACCGCUUCCCUACCACAGUCCUCCAGAAGGUCUCUCUCGGUGCCACGUCAGCCUCCAUCUUCAUCCCUUGUGUUAUUAUUCUGCGCCAUCCUCGACCCUCGCUUCUCCUUCCAGCGCUUUCCAGCUGUGCGUGGGGUUUCUUCCUAUUCUCCUUCCAAGUGCACGAGAAGAGCGUGCUGCUACCGCUUCUCCCGAUGACCUUGUUGCUUGGAGGUGAAGGUGGUCUCAGCAAGGAGACUCGGGCCUGGGUUGGCUGGGCGAACUGUCUUGGGGCGUGGACUAUGUUCCCUCUACUUAAGCGGGAACAAUUGCGCAUCCCGUACUUUGUCAUCACUCUCCUCUGGGCAUAUCUGCUGGGUCUGCCACCCACUUCGCUAGAUAUCUUCCGCAACCACCCUCAAACCAACGCUGCAACGCCCCGUGCCAACCUCCAUAUCAUCACAAAACUCCUACACUUCUCCUUCUACUCUGCCAUGAUUGCUUGGCAUAUCCUUGAAGCCUUUGUCACACCUCCGCCCGAAAAGCCUGACUUGUGGGUGGUGCUGAAUGUUUUGAUCGGUGCCAGUGGUUUCGGUAUUGCCUACCUCUGGUGCACGUGGAAACUGAUUGCACAGAGCUCGAAACUAAGCCCAAAAGCAUCGGACGAAGAGAUCAAGAAGAAGAGACAAUAGACGCCGUUAAGUUCUCUUUGUGGAAGCCUUAACUUUCCUUUUUUUUCGGGCGUCCUCACAACUCAAAACUCUUUCACUUCUUGUACAGAUACCCUUUUUUCCCUGUAUUUCAGCUUGAACACAUUUUAUUAUUACCAUUUUAUUCCAUCCAUGUAAUCAAUACUUCAUUGUCCUACUCAUUCCGUCUGAUGUCAUGAUCCUAUCCAGUAUUUCUACAUCGCUGCAGUGAUCACGAAUAUCUUGCCAUCAUAUAGACCUAUCAGCAACAAUCAAAAACAGAAUAAAAAUAAAAAAGA